AUGUCGCACACCAGUCCCAAUGACGCUUUCCUACAGCUCUUUGGUACGCCCUACGACCGCGUGCAAGUGACAGCCACCGCCGCGUCGACCCUUCCUCGCGAACGCGGCAGCGUCUCCGGUCUCGCGUCGGCGGGAUCGGCUCUGCUGGCGCGCCGCUCUCCCGGCCCGAGGCUCGGAGUGACCAAAUUGUCCUCCUCGUCGUCGUCUCUACAGACCUCGAUCGCUCGAUGGGAAGAAUCCGUCCAUGCGUUCCAUUUCGACGAUCUUGACUUUCAUCAUGAUCACGAUCACCAUCAACCAAACGCUACGAACAUGAUGGAGGAGGUCGCUUCCUCGUCGUGUUGCUCCGCGACGGCAGUGUCCGAACACAGACCAGCCGACGAGGCCUGUGCGUUUCGAGCGAGGAGCGCUUCGCUUGAUUUCUGGGGGAUGGAUCUCAGUGCUCCGAUGUCGCUUCAUGACGAAGGUCAAGUGUACAAAGCCUCGAGUGUCGAACCGGUUGAACGACACGAACUGGUUUCAUCAGUCAUCAAAACCACCGCCCCCAAAAGGAAACGACCGUCCGUGACGACUUCGGGAGAGCCUUCGAAUUCGACCUCGGAUUCGUCAGCGCCGAAGCGAGCGUGGCGUCAACCCGCUCGAAGCUGUCUACCCUGUCGACAAAAAAAGAGUCGGUGCGAUCGUAGGGAGCAGUGCAACAGCUGUACUACUCGUGGGAUGCAGUGCGUUUGGACGGGAGUUGCGUGAGUUUGCCGUGGACCUCUGUCGUAGUGGAGGAACGAACAGCGGAUAAUUAAUGCUUCUCGGACUGUGGCGCAUAGCCGACCGUUGACGGACGAAGAGCUGUUGGCCGAGGCGGAAGGUGCGGUCGUGCCAGCACCGACAGCGGCUUCGGCGCUGACAUGCUCGUCAGCCGUGGCCAAGUCUGUAGGAGCCGCGAAGAAAGCGGCGCGCGUUGCGGCCGUCACUCCACCUCGACUUCCCUCUGCGCCUCCUGUCGUUCCUACCGCCGCCGUCGCCGCGCAUGUUCCCGCAUCUAUGGCGUCGACGACAGUGCCGACGAUGGUCGCCUCUUCCCCUGAGCAAGUCGAAAUUACGCGACUUCGAUCGAUCAUCAAGUCCCUUGCUCAACAGCUCCAGCUUGAUCUGACGACCUUACUCGAGCCUGCCUUCCUGCCUGAGCCCCUGAUAGCUACCGCUGUCCCACCACCAUCGACGAAGGAGGCAACGACCUCCACCACCUUUAAAAAGCGACGACGCUCCAAUCUUGGUCCGCUCACCCUCCCUUCACCACCUGCACUCUCAUACGGCUCAUCAUCCGAUUCAAGUUCUUCCUCUUCCUCCAUUCUUGGCCAGAUUUCUCCCGAGCUCCCCUUCGUCUCCCCCACCUUCCUCCCCUCUCAUCGAACUGAACCCUCGUCGACAAAACAUGCCCGGAGAUCAAGUUACGGUUUUGAUCAUCCGAUGGAGGUGUUCGCCGGUCGGAACGAAGAACCUUCAAACGCUUGGCUGAAUCCGAGUAGUUGGUUGACGGCGAUCCCCAAGACGUUGAUGCACUGA